CUUGCAUAACAAGCGACCCUUAUGGGCUUAUGGGGUUGAUGCUCUUCUAUAAAUUCCCAUGAACCCACUCUCUUUAAGACAUUCUUUCUCUCCUUCACUCUCCCUUACAUUUUUAUACUUCAUCCAUUUUUUCAUUCAUCAUUUUUCUGUUAAAAAAAAGUGUGAUAAUUACCGGAAAAACAAGAAAUGGCAGGUCGUUUAACGAGGGUUCCAAGCCUAAAGGAGCGUUUGGAUGAAACUCUUACUGCUCAACGCAAUGAAAUUCUCUCCUACUUGUCCAGGAUUGCGAGUCAUGGGAAAGGGAUAUUGCAACCCCAUGAACUGUUGUCUGAAUUUGAAGCUGUUUCUGACAAAGACAAACAUAAGCUUGCUGAUGGCCCUUUUGGUGAAGUUUUUAGGCACACCCAGGAAGCAAUUGUGUUGCCUCCAUGGAUCACCCUUGCUGUUCGCCCGAGGCCUGGUGUGUGGGAGUACAUUCGUGUCAAUGUCGAUGAGCUUGCUGUCGAGGAAUUGACCCCCUCCCAGUUCCUCCAUGUGAAGGAGGAAUUAGUUGAUGGAAGUGUGAAUGGAAAUUUUGUGCUGGAGCUCGAUUUUGAGCCAUUCAAUGCCUCAUUCCCCCGCCCUACCCUCUCCAAAUCGAUUGGAAAUGGUGUGGAGUUCCUUAACAGGCACCUUUCUGCUAAGAUGUUCCAUGACAAGGAGAGUAUGCGCCCGUUGCUUGACUUCCUUAGGAUGCAUCACUACAAGGGCAAGACCAUGAUGCUCAAUGACAGAAUCCAGAACCUUGAUUCACUCCAAAGCGUUUUAAGAAAAGCAGAGGAGUUCCUGGCUACACUUCCUGCUGACACACCCUACUCUGAGUUUGAUCAUAAGUUUCAGGAGAUCGGCUUGGAGAGAGGUUGGGGUGACACUGCUGAGAGAGUAUCAGACAUGAUUCAGCUACUCCUUGACCUUCUUGAGGCUCCUGAUUCUUGCACUCUCGAGAAAUUCCUUGGCAGGAUCCCUAUGGUAUUCAAUGUUGUGAUCCUUUCACCUCAUGGUUACUUCGCUCAAGCCAAUGUUCUUGGCUACCCUGACACUGGUGGCCAGGUUGUGUAUAUCCUUGAUCAAGUCCGUGCUUUGGAGAAUGAAAUGCUUCAACGCAUUAAGCAACAAGGCCUUGAUAUUGUCCCUCGGAUCCUUAUUGUAUCUCGUCUGCUCCCUGAUGCAGUGGGGACAACCUGUGGUCAGCGUCUUGAGAAGGUGUUCGGAACUGAACACUCACACAUUCUUCGUGUACCCUUCAGAACCGAGAAGGGAAUUGUCAGAAGAUGGAUUUCCCGAUUUGAAGUCUGGCCAUACCUAGAGACUUACACUGAGGAUGUUGCAAAUGAAAUUGCUGGAGAACUACAGGCCAAGCCUGAUCUGAUUGUCGGAAACUACAGUGAUGGAAAUAUUGUUGCUUCAUUGUUAGCCCACAAACUCGGAGUUACACAAUGUACGAUUGCUCAUGCUCUUGAGAAGACCAAGUACCCGAACUCUGACAUCUAUUGGAAGUCAUUUGAGGAGAAGUACCACUUCUCUUGCCAAUUCACUGCUGAUCUAAUUGCCAUGAACCACACUGACUUUAUCAUUACCAGUACAUUCCAAGAGAUUGCUGGAAACAAGGAUACUGUUGGACAAUAUGAGUCUCACAUGGCCUUCACUCUCCCUGGACUUUACCGAGUUGUUCAUGGAAUUGACGUCUUUGACCCCAAAUUCAACAUUGUCUCCCCUGGAGCUGAUCUGUCUAUUUACUUCCCUUACACCGAAGAGAAGAAAAGACUCACAGCCCUCCAUUCAGAAAUCGAAGAGCUUCUCUACAGUGAAGUUCAGAACGAAGAACACAUAUGUGUUCUUAAGGACCGGAGCAAGCCAAUCAUAUUCUCGAUGGCUAGGCUAGACCGAGUAAAGAACAUGACUGGCCUUGUCGAGUGGUAUGGUAAGAACCAGAAGCUCAGAGAGCUUGUGAACCUUGUGGUGGUUGCUGGUGACAGGAGGAAGGAAUCCAAGGACAUAGAAGAGAAGGAAGAAAUGAAGAAAAUGUACGGUCUUAUCGAGCAGUACAAGUUGGACGGCCAAUUCAGGUGGAUCUCUGCCCAAAUGAACAGGGUGAGAAAUGGUGAGCUCUACAGGUACAUUGCUGACACCAAGGGAGCAUUUGUUCAGCCUGCAUACUACGAGGCUUUCGGUCUCACAGUCGUUGAAGCCAUGACCUGUGGGCUACCUACAUUCGCUACUUGCCAUGGUGGACCUGCUGAGAUCAUUGUCAAUGGAAAAUCUGGCUACCACAUUGAUCCAUACCACGGGGACAAAGCUGCUGAGCUCCUUGUCGAAUUCUUCGAGAAGUCUGCAGCUGAUCCUUCUCACUGGGAGAAGAUUUCUAAGGGUGGACUGAAACGAAUUGAAGAGAAAUACACAUGGAAGAUCUAUUCAGACAGGCUGCUAACUCUUGCAGGUGUGUACGGUUUCUGGAAGUAUGUCUCAAACCUUGACCGUCGUGAGGCUCGUCGUUACCUUGAAAUGUUCUACGCCCUCAAGUACAAAAAGCUCGCCGAGUCAGUACCUUUGUUGGUAGAGGAUUCGAAUUCCAACUCAAACUGAAGAUGAAUAUGCAAUUAUGCAUGGAAGAGUGAUUGAGUUUCUCUGCGUGCUUGUCAAAAAUAACUCAAAUUCUUUUGAGAUUGUAAUCAAAAUGAAGUCAAAGUCCUUAUGACUUUGUUUCUCUAGUUUUUUAUUACUUUUUUUUUAUUAUUAUUUUUACUAUGCAAUUAAAAUUGCUGUUUGCGGCAUUAUUGUCUUUUAUUGUGGAGGGAACCUUUGUGUUCCAAUUUAAUGAAAAAUUGUUCUAUUUCAUCUACGUA